AUGCUGAUCUCAAGAUUACUUCUAACCUCUGAUUGGACCUCGGUAAUCCUCACUUUGUUCGCCGUCUACAUUUCCUUCUACUACUACAAGUACUUCUCGAGAAAGAAUAAAUUACCUGGACCAUUACCAUUGCCAUUAGUUGGAAACCUGAUUGAAGUAGCAAAACUUGGUCUUGACAAUGUUCCAAAGUGGUUUUUUUUAUUACGUGAACGCUACGGCGAUUAUUUUGAAUUUUACCUUGGCACGCAGAGAAUUGUGGUGACCUGUAAUGCGGAACUUAUGGAUAAAUUGGUGGACCCUUCGACAAAGACCAAUUUUUUUAAAAGGCAUCCAGAAAAUAGCAAUAUAAGCGAACUGGGAUACAACGCACAUGGGAUAUUCUUUAAUCAAACUUUUGAAGGCUGGAAAUUUAACAGAAAAUUCUUAUCGAAAUCAUUAAUGUCUCCUAAAUUUCAAGCGGAGCUUCUACAACAACAACAAGAGCUCUUUUGCGAUGCUUCGAACUAUCUGGACUUACUUAGCAGUAAAAUCGGUGACGAAUCAUUAGAAUCGACAAAAAUAAACUUAGCCGCCACAAUGUUGAGCUUUAAUGCCGACUUGAUUAUAAAAAUGACAACUGGUAAAACGGGAGGCUCAUUAGCUCAUUACCUAAAAAACAAUUAUCCGUUCGAAAAUUAUAAAGAAUCGAAAAGAUUGAUACAAAAAUCAAACAGUAAUUCCGCCGCUUAUGAAAUUUCAAUCGAACUCACAAAACUCACUAGAGGAUGGAGUACUGAUACAAUGUACAUUUUUUCGCUGCCGAAAUGGUUGAGACAUUACGUACCAGGAUUCAGUCACUUUAACAAAAAAUGCCUAAACAAUUUGCAAAGAACCUUUCAUAUAUUGCACGGGAUAAUUGAGGAACGAAAAAAUGAAAUCGAAAAUUCACCAAAGGAAAUGGAUUUAGAGUCGAAUUUAUUGACUUUGUUGUUGCUCGCCAACACCGAACGAGAUCCGGAUCGUAUGAUUGACACGAAUGGAGAAUUUACGCGACCUAUGACGAAAUACGAGAUCGGUGGUAUUUUAUUGGAAGUAUGUCACGGAAGCAUUGAAGAGAUAAGUUGGGUAUUUAAUUCAACGGUUUAUUAUAUUCUAAAAUUUCCACAUGUUCAAAACCAAUUUCUCGAAGAAAUCGAAAAAAUCCUCGGCUUUGAUCUCGCUCGUCCAAUAACGUUCGAGGACUUGAAAAAAUUCAAGUAUUUGGACGCUAUACUUUACGAAACUUUGCGAUUAUCCCCUCCACUCCCAGUGGUAGGCAGAACAAACACGGUAGUCGAUGAAAUAGUAUUGGACGAAUCCUCAUGA